AUGGAUGAAGUUCAAACACCACCCAGGCUGUGGCUGGUGGUGCUGGAGAAAGGGAGUUGGAUGGCUAUGGCUCCUACGACGAACCGAACCGACCCUUUUACGAGCUCCAAGAUCCACAAUUGUCUUGACAUCUGCCCGUACUCCGUAUUAAAGUAUGUCCAACACAUCAAAGUAAACAGGAUUUCGAGGAAGGAACCAACCAGUUGUUUUCUAGAGAACUGAUCAAAAAAGUACCGGUAUUCGUUGAUUUCAAUUUUCUCAACACGAAAGACCUCAUCAAUAAUUUAAUUCCAUUCAACAAAAAAACCCAUCAGGCCGUUUCCGUUUCGAGAUACAACCCUGUCACAAACACCGCAAACCAUCACCACUUCCAGAUCUUCCAUUUAGCCGAACAAAAGACCUUCCCUUUCGCAACACCUGCAUUAUAG